UGAUAACUCAAAGACGGAGAAACCAAGAUUUCCUCAAGUGAUCACCACUUCGUUUGAUGAAGGGCCUAGUUUUGUUGCAAAUGAGUUGAGGUACAUACACUGGGAUGGUUAUCCUGCGAGUCUCUUCCCCGAAAGUUUUCAACCAAGGAAGUUGGUUGUUUUAAAAUUGACAAAUAGCUUGCAGAAAGAAAUUUGGAAGGGUUGCAAGUAUCUACCAUGUUUGAAAGAGAUGGAACUCUUUGACAUGGGAGCACUAGUGACGACACCUGAUAUUGGUGGACUCCCAUGUCUCCAGAAGUUGAAACUCAUGAGAUGUGAAAGUUUAGAAGAGAUUCAUCAAUCACUUGGAAAUCAUUCAAGUCUUGUUCAAGUACAUGUGACGAAAUGUAAAAAGCUCAGAAGGUUUCCGCCCAUUGUUAAGAUGGACAGACUGGAGACGCUUGAAAUUGAAGAAUGUGGUGCACUUGUUGAGUUUCCAAAGAUUGAAGCAAAGAUGGACAGGUUGAUAAAGUUAUCUCUGACAAGAGCUGGGAUAGAAGUCCUACCCUCAUCAGUAGGAAGAUAUUGUACGAACCUUAUUUCGCUAGAGUUGAGUUAUUGCAUGAGUUUAAAGAGCAUCGAAGGCAACUUUCAUGCAUUAAAAUGUCUAGAGAAGUUUGCUAUUAUAUUAGUUACACAGCUUGAUAAUCUUCAACAACUUAUGUUAACUGGUUGCUUAAGAAAGUUGUAUCUGUCUAGUUGUAAUUUGAAAGAUGGAGGAAUACCCAACGAGGUUGGUGAGUUAACGGGCUUACAAGAGCUAGAUCUAAGUGAGAAUGACUUUACACGACUACUGCAAGUCACUUGA